AUGAGUACGCACAAACCGGUAUGGGUAGAUUUAGAAUCCGCUUGUGGGGGGUCACACUCCCUAUACAAUGCCCUAUGGUCCUCCACCCCCUUAGCAUCACCCUCCACACUCCCAACAUCACGAUAUAUUACAAAAUCAUGGUCUAGGUGGAACACGGCGAUAUGGCCAAAGGCAGAACUACUGUACCUUGCACCAUUAUCAGCCCUCUCCGCCUUAUCUCCCGACCUCCAAACAUCUAAAUGGUCAAGCUUAGGUAUUACACAUGUACAUAAAUUGCUUGGUACAAAUGGCAUUCACCCUUUCCCAACACUGCAGGAACGGUACAACUUACCCUCGAGAGAUAUUUUCUUGUACCUGCGUGUAAAACAUAUAUUACUGUCACAUUCGAUUGAGCACAUUGACCCGCUGUCACUUAGCAAUAUAGGCUCACAAUGUUACCAUACUAGACUGAUACGUCCCUUGUGCAAACUUCUCUCCCUAUGCUAUAGGACGUUGUCUGAUAUUCACGGACACUCCAAACUAACUUAUAUGAAGCAAUGGGAGACAUCGUUGGGAAUAACCCCAACUCUCAUGGAAUGGGAACAAGCCAUCACCUAUACCAAAAAAUCUUCGAAAUGUGUCAUACUUUGGGAAGCCUACUUUAAAAUGUUAAUGAGAUGGUACUUGGUCCCGAGCAGGAUUCAUAAAAUUUACCCCAAUUCUCCCUCAAUAUGCUGGCAUUGCAACUCUAGUUUAGGGUCCAUAGAACAUAUAUUUUGGCACUGCCCCAAUCUGCAAAACUUUUGGAAGGAUGUCCAAACAACUAUUCGGGCGAUCUGUAAGAUUACAUUCCCGCUAUCCCCAGAAAUUUACUUGCUCCACAUUAUCCCUAACCUACGUGAUAUACCAUCUAGAGACGCAGUAUUAAAUAUACUAGUGGCAGCAAAAAUUAGCAUUGCAGCCCACUGGAAAGACACCAAGCCUCCUUCUUUGAAGGAGACUCUAGGAAGGGUGGAGGUUACAUACCACCACGAAUGCGAAUGGGCAAAAGGAGGUAAUAGGUCACACGUUCUGGACAAGUGGAAAAAUUGGGAGUCUUUUAAAGAUUCUCAUACUACAAAGUAAAGAGCAGAUCCCGCAACUAAGAGUGGAUAAAGUACUCUAUCCAGAACAAGGCCUACCACUACAUGACGAAUUACUAGGCUAUCCUAUCCCACUAUACCUAGUAAGACUACUAAGCCACAUCCAUAUCACUAAUUUGCUAUACCCCGCUAUAAUAAUAUAA